AUGCCCGACUCUAUCGUGACGGGGGUCCAACCCCUGUUAGUAUUGUACUUCGCAUUAGCGCUCGUUGUCGUGUACAUUUUUGGCCAGGGCCUUUAUAAUUUGUACUUGCAUGCUCUUGGCACUAUUCCUGGUCCAAAGCUUGCCGCUUUCAGUCGACUUUACGAAUUCUGGUUUGAUGUCAUCCAAGAUGGCCAAUAUCUGUGGGAGAUUGGCCGGAUGCACAACAAAUAUGGUCCCAUCGUACGCAUCGGUCCGAACGUAAUCUAUAUCCGUGACCUAUCGUACUACAGUACUAUCUAUGCUGGCGGAAGCCGAAUAGUGGACAAAGACGCGUUGACUGUGGGGUCAUUCAGCAUGCCUUCCUCGUCCAUCGCCACCAUUGAUCACAAUCUCCAUCGAGCACGCCGGGGCUAUUUGAAUCAGUACUUUUCUAAACGAUCCGUCGUGUCUCUUGAGCCGAUCAUCCAUGAGCGUGUUGACAAGUUGUGUCAGCGCCUGGAGCGUUUCAUGUCUACCGGAGAGACAGUCAGUCUCGACCGUGCAUUUUCGGCGUUGACGGGCGACAUCAUCUGUCGUAAAUUGUACGGUUCUCAUUUUGACUUUUUGGAUAUCCCGGACUUUAGAAUAUUCGCAACUGAAGCAGUCACGGCAAUCUCCUCGUUUGUUCAUUUGGCCCGUUUUUCCCCUACUCGAACAUUCUUACUAAUCUUAACAGGGUACACUCUUCUUCAGCAGGACAUCAAAACUCAGAUUAAUAUUGCUUCCAACAAGGAAAAGGGAGAACAGGUUGAUUCAGUCAUGCUGUCAACGCUAAUUGACUCUCAUGUCCCACCUGCAGAGAGAUCAGUAAGCCGUCUGGUAGAUGAGGGGACUGCUAUCUUAUUGGCGGGUACAGAAACUACAGCCAGAGCUCUCAGCAUUGCCAUGUUCUAUCUGCUGGACCAGAAAGAAUGUUUGACAAAGCUUCGGCAAGAAUUGAUUGCUUUGCCAGCUCAUGAGAUAAAUUGGUUCCCGCUGUCACUGCUUGAGCCCCUUCCAUAUCUGAAUGGGGUGGUCAAUGAGGCUUUGCGCCUCUCGUUCGGGCCUAUCGGUCCCUUACCAAGGGUCUCGCCAAAACAACAUUUACAAUACGGGGAGUACCUCAUUCCAGCAGGCACACCGGUCAGCCAAUCAACCUAUUAUGUCCACACAGAUCCGAGCAUUUUCCCCGAGCCCUUCAACUUUGAUCCUGAACGAUGGAUUAAAGCAACUGAAUCUGGAAUAAACUUGCAGAAGUACCUUGUGAGCUUUACGAAGGGGAGUCGGCAGUGUAUUGGCAUUCAAAUGGCCUACGCAGAAAUGUAUACUACUCUGGCAAGAAUUGUAUCCUCAUUUGACAUGGAUCUUUUUGAAACUACAAAAGAGGAUGUCACUGUACACUGCGAAAGAGUUCUUGCCUAUCCUAAGCAGCCCAGAUUUGGCACGGCUGCGAUCGGACAAGUUAAAGUCAAAGUUACUGGGAAGCGUAGUGUCUGA